CUCGUCGCCUAAAUUGUGGUGCUUCAUAGCGUCGGCUGGCCAAGUUUUCCCCGGAUUUAUCCCUUGUUGAUUAGUGUUGAUUUCCUUGUUCUUAUCAUCUGGUCCUUAAUUGAAUUGUCCUGAGGCUUGGCCCCCUCUCCCCGCGUUGACGUCGUUUGGCGCCAUCAUGGGAUGGGCGGCCAUCGACUGGUCGCGAUGGACGACUAAUCCAUUCUAUGCCUCGGUCGUUCUUAUCAUCGCAUGUGGAAGUAUUCCCAAAGGCUACGACGAAGGUGGCUUCAGUGCCAGCACCAAGCUCGAGUCAUUUCUAAUCGACUACAAUCUGGUACCGUCUCAUUGGGAACACGACGCGGCUGGACUAGCCAAUCGCAGAGCCAACAUCACCUCCUUCAAUGUGCUAGGUGCGGCGUUUGGUGCUUUGUUGUCCUUAGAUCUGAAUGAUCGCAUCGGCCGGUUGCCUGCGUGGCGUUUGGCCUGUCUAGUCUGGGCAUCGGGCCUGUUCGUGCAGGUCUUCUCUUCGGGCAUCUAUGGAUUAUUGCUCUUUGCCAGAAUAUGGGGUGGCCUUGGGGCGGGCGCGUUGACAGUGGUUAGUCCAUUGUAUCUCUCGGAAAUCGCUCCUGCAAAAACCAGAGGCUUGGUCGUGAGUACUUUCAUGGUCAUUCUUUUGCUGGUUCUUGCCAUGGGGUUCUUUAUCAAUUAUGGCGCUGCGACACACAUGGCCGUCACCCGUACCCAGUAUCGCUUGGUGCAGUCAAUUCCUUUGGUACCUGUUGGGAUCGCAUAUGUUGCCUCCUUUAUUGUUCCAGAAACACCCCGCUAUCUAAUCUCUAAGCAGCGCUACGAUGAAGGACGGGUCGUCUUGGCUCGCCUCCGGGGCAAGGACCUCGCUGAUCCAGACGUGGAAGAUGAAUAUAACGCUAUCCAGGCUCAAGUGCGGGCAAAGGCGGCAGAUCUGGGCUCUGUCACGCAUUGGCAAGCCUUCAAAGAAUCUCAGAUUAACCCUAAUUACCGCCAGCGGUUCUGGCUCUUGAUGAUCAUACAAACAAUUGCGCAAUGGACGGGAGGUAACGGAAUUACAUACUACAUUUCUACGAUAUUUCAAUAUGCUGGCGUUGUUGGAAAUGCCAACUCUUUAAUCUCUUCAGGCAUAUAUGGAAUCAUCAAGCUUGUCUUUACAAUGGCUUUCACAUGGGGCCUGAUAGACUAUCUGGGUCGGCGCCGCUGCACCCUGGCUGGGUUAACACUACAGCUCUUGGCCCAUAUCUACAUGGGCAUUUACAUGGGUCUUCGACCCGGUUCGAGCCAUAAUCAGUCGGCAUCUAAUGCCGCUAUUGCCUCCGUUUUUGUUUAUGCUGUUGGCUGGUCCAUCGGUCUCUGCAGCGUUCCGUAUCUCUAUGGAGCCGAAAUAUUUCCCACUCGCAUUCGCAACGUCAGUUAUGCCCUGAGCAUGGCGCUGCAUUGGUUUUUCCAGUUCGCCGUGGUGCGGGUCACGCCGAAUAUGUUCGUCUCCUUGCAUAUAUGGGGCGCCUACCUGUUCUGGUCCAUUAUCUGCUUUCUGGGGAUUAUCAUCCUUGGUGUCUUAAUGCCGGAGACCAAAGGCGUUCCCAUGGAACGCAUGGGCGACCUCUUCGCCUACCCGUGGUAUUCACGCUGGCGUGCCAAACCGAAAGAUGUCGCCUCAAUGUCUUCUACCGUCACGCCUGAUGCUAGCUAUUAUACUACUCUUCCAUGUCAGCCUGACCAUAAACAUCCGGACUCAAGGACCGACAUUGCGAGCCUUGAUGAGAAUGAGAUGAAUGCAUUAUUUGCCACUAAUCAAACCUUUACUCUUACGUGCUCUAAAUAGUUCCCGUCCGUGCAUCCUGGUCAAGCAAGCGUUCUAUAAGUCUCUUGGCUCUAACGAACAGGAGCUUCGUUGGUUGAGACUUCACGAUCUCAGCCCCUCCUUUUGCGUGUCUAUACACAAUGAACUGCUUAUGUCUCCAUACUGCGUUGGGUUUGCACUUCUUUAUCACAGAUCUUGAUUCGAUGGUCUCUCUCUCAGCGUCAUAACACUUGUUGUUUUCCUGACAAAAUGUUCUGAUGGAGAGAUGCUUCUCAAGGUCUUGCAGAGAGUUUCUAAUAUACUUCAUGAGUUUAUCAUAUGCGAACAUUGCCAAACAGAGACCGCGUUCUCUCUCCAUAAUCUGAUUCCUUCGAGGUCAAGAGGAAAUGGGUUAGUUCUUAG